AUGGAGGCUAAGAAUAUAAAUCGAUCAAUUGCCGAUGGUCCUCGGAACCCCACGACUGGUGCUCUUAUGCGAAAGUUGGAUCAUAAAGACUAUAUAAUAGGUUGGAUUUGCGCCCUUAGCACUGAAUAUGUUGCUGCGCAGGUGUCUCUCGACGAAAGGCAUGAGGGGCCAGAAUAUGUGGCCCCAAAUGACCAUAAUAAUUAUACUUUAGGCAGAGUUGGGAACCACAACGUCGUUAUUGCUGUCUUACCGCAGGGGGAAUACGGCAUAUCAAGCGCUACAGGCGUUGCAAAAGACAUGCUCCAUAGCUUUCCCAAUAUCAGAAUCGGUCUGAUGGUUGGCAUAGGAGGUGGCGCGCCAAGUUCAAAGCAUGAUAUACGACUUGGGGAUAUCGUUGUCAGUGCACCUCGCGAUGGAAUCGGAGGUGUUUUCCAAUAUGACUUCGGCAAGGCUGAUUAUGAGAUUAACGGUCACCAGCUUGAGGAAGCUGUUAACAGUAUCUUGGGGAAAAUGCCAAGGUUAAGGAAGAAGUACGGACGACCGCAAUCAAGCAGUGAUAGGCUAUAUAAGUCUACAGUCAUCCACCCUUCAGGCACCGAGGAAGAUUGCAUAAGUACCUGUGGAAACGAUUCCUCGAUGUUAAAACAGCGAAUGGACCGCACUGAAGAUGAGGAUAACCCUGGCAUCCAUUACGGCUUGAUCGCCUCCGGAAACCAGAUAAUGAAAGAUGCCAUUAUCCGAGACAGGCUAAUUAAAGAAAAAGACGUCUUAUGCUUUGAGACGGAAGCGGCUGGAUUGAUGAACCAGUUUCCAUGUUUAGUUAUUCGCGGCAUUUGUGAUUAUUCAGACUCUCACAAAAAUAAUAAGUGGCAAGGUUACGCGGCGAUGACAGCGGCAGCAUAUACAAAGGAUCUUUUAUACAGGAUCCCUCUGUAUAAGAUUGAGGCGGAGAAAAAGAUUAGCGAUGUGCUUUCAAUCGUUCAGGAAGGAGUUGAUAAGCUUGUCACUAUUCAACAAAACAAGGAUAACCAGGAAAUCAUCGAGUGGCUUACACCAAUUGACUAUGCCCCUCAACAAAGGGACUAUAUGAAUAUCCGGCAGCCAGAUACACUUCACUGGUUCCUAAACUCAGAGGAGUACCAGACUUGGAUCGGGUCUGACAAGCAUACAUUAUUUUGUCCAGGUGUCCCUGGAGCUGGGAAGACAAUCAUGACCGCAGCGGUUAUCAACGACUUGUUUACCAGAUACAAGGAUGAUACCGAAAUAGGCAUUUCAUAUUUAUUUUGCGACUACCGAAAACAUAACGAACAGAAAGCAGAAGACCUAGUGGCAAACCUGCUGAAACAGCUUACUCAAAGACGCGAUGUGAUACCGGACUGCAUACAAGAAUUGUAUGCGGAAUGCGAGAAGAAUCCGAAACGACCAUCCCUUGGCGAGUUAUCGGAAGCUAUGCGAUCAGUUUGCCUCCUUUACUCCAAAGUCUUCAUCGUAAUAGACGCACUGGAUGAAUGUCAAAUUGCAGAUGGCUGCCGCAAAUAUCUUUUAUCUACACUUUUCAAACUUCAAGAAGAAACCAAUACAAACUUUUUUGCGACUUCACGAAAUAUCCCAGAAAUUUUAGAGGCAUUCAAACAAAGCAGUUUCUUAGAAAUAAGUGCCAAAGAUGAAGAUGUGCAAAAAUACCUGGCCAGGAACAUGGGACGGUUACCGUCGUUUGUGCUACGCAGCCUCGAGUUGCAAAAGGAAAUCAACACUAUCAUAUCCGAUAUUGCUAGUGGAAUGUUCCUCAUUGUGCGUUUGCAUGUUGAUGCACUGGCCCAACUGCCCACUAUAGGGCAUGUCAAACAAGCGCUGCGAAACUUGCCCGAAAAGCUGGAUGUGAUAUACGAACGAGCAAUGGAAAGAAUUGAGACCCAAGGCGAUGCCGUACAAAAGUUGGCCAAAAAGGUUUUAUCCUGGCUCAUUUACGCCAGAAGAGUGCUCUCCGCAGCCGAGCUUCGGCAUGCGGUAGCAAUUGAGCCAAAGACACAACAACUCAAUGAGGAGUUCAUCCCAGAUAAGGAAAUCUUAGGUUCUAUCUGUGCAGGCCUGGUCACCUUCGAUGCUGAGAGUGAUGCCGUACGGUUGGCACAUUAUACCAUGCAAGAAUACUUUGAGCGAGACGGGAAACAUUGGUUUCAAGACGCAGAAGCCCAUAUUGCAACAGCUUGCAUAACUUACAUCUCCUUUGACGUUUUUGAGGAUUCUAGGGCCGAUAUCCAGCAACGCAAGCGAGAAUUUGCGCUAUAUCAAUACGCCGUCGGAUUCUUCGGGAAACAUGCCCGCGCGGUCCCAGAGACGAUGCAACCGAGGCAGCUGAUACUAGAUUUUCUGGGCAAUCGCAACAAGAUAGACUCCGCCAGCGAGAUGAUAGAGGCUCCUCCAGUUGCAAAAGCCAUUCAUCUCGCAGCUUAUUUUGGGCUAGAAAGCAUAAUUGCACACUUCUUAGAAAAUGAACACGACACGAAUGCCAGGGAAUUCCUAGCUAAUACGCUCCAUUGGGCUGUUGAAGGGGACUGUACGGGUGCGAUGAAGCUGCUGAUCGACCACGGUGCUGAAAUCGAUCAACAGGAUAUCCAUAGUCGAACACCACUCCUCCGCGCAUGCUAUGGCGGCAAGAAGGACGCUGUGAAGUUGCUGCUAGAGAACGGUGCCGAUGUUGAAUGUGCCGAUAAGUAUGAGACGUCGGCACUUGAGAUAGCAGUCCGAGACGAAAGAGAAGGCAUCGUUAAGCUGCUGCUAGAAAAUGGCGCUGAUGCUAACUCUAUGUUUGACAACGAGCCGAUGCUUUACACCCCUAUCAUUCGCAACCAAGAGGGCAUUGUCAAACUACUGUUAGAACAUGGUGCUGGUGCUAACACUAUGCUUGACGAAGAGCCGAUGCUUUAUAAAGCUGUCUCGAGGGCCUAUAAGGGCAUUGUCAAACUACUAUUAGAACAUGGCGCUGAUGCUAACACUAUGUUUGGCGACGAGCCGAUGCUUCACGUCGCUAUCUUUCACAACUAUGAGGGCAUUAUCAAACUUCUUUUAGAGCAUGGCGCUGAUGUUAACUCUAUGUUUAACGACGAGCCGAUGCUUGAAAUCGCUAUCCGUGGCGAAUAUGAAGGCAUUAUUAAACUUCUUUUAGAGUAUGGCGCUGAUACUAGCUCUACAUUUGAUAAUGAGACAAUGCUUCACAAGGCCAUCGUUUGCGAAGAGCAAGGCAUUGUUAGGCUUUUUUUAAAGCAUGGUACUGAUGCUAACUCUACAGUUGAUACCAGGACGAUGCUUCACAUGGCUAUCGAUGACGAAUUUGAAGGCAUUGUUAGGCUAUUGCUAGAGAAUGGUGCAGAUGCUAACCUUCCUAGUGAGGGCAUCUUGCCAUUACAUGCGGCCCUCAUGACCAAAAAUGAAACCAUCAUCAGGCUGUUGCUAGAGCAUGGAGCAGACGUUAACCUUGCUGUUGACGGUAACUCACCAUUGGCUAUAGCCAUACUUCGCACAGAUGAAGAUAUUAUCAGGCGGCUGCUAGAGCAUGGAGCAGACGUUAAUAUUGUUGUUGACGGCGACUCGCCAUUGGCUACACCCAUAUUCUAUGGGGAUGAAAGCAUCGUCAAGCUGUUGUUAGAGAAUGGCGCGGACGCUAACUAUGUGGAUAGUUACGGCAGAUCAUUACUAACGAUAGCCAUAAACGGUGUGAAUGAGGGCAUCGUCAGGCUGUUGUUAGAGAAUGGAGCUGACGUUAAUAUGGUUGUUAACGGUAGCUCAGUAUUGGCUGGAUCUAUACGUCGUGGAAAUGAAAACAUAGUCAGGCUAUUGCUAGAGAAUGGCGCGGACGUUGACUAUGUGGAUGAUUCUGGGGAUUCGCUACUAAUGGUAGCCAUACUUGGCGGAAAAGAAAGCAUCGUCAGGUUGUUGCUGGAGAAUGGCGCGGGUGCUGGCUUAGUUGCGCUCUUCUUCGCAAAUAUGGACGGAAAUGAGGAUAUGGUCAAGCUACUGCGAGAAUACGGCGGCAAAGUUGGAUAUGAUGUCGGAAGUUAA